AUGAUAACCCAAACAAUCAAAAAGUUAUUUUAUUUAUCUGCUAUUGCUGAUCAUGAUAGAAGUGAUAAUUUAAGAAGUAGUUGGAAUAAAAUCAAAAUAAUCAUUUAUUUUAUCUAAGUAAUUUCAUUAUUGUUUAUUGAUAAUAUCAACAUUUAUUUUGACAAUUACAUUCUGGUAUUGGCUCGAUUCAUUACAUUCCAGCAAAUUUAAAAUUCAUAUUAUCAGACUCUGGUUCUAAUAGCAAUUUUGUCAAUCCAUUUAAUCAUGUUACUGAUGAUCUCAUUAUUACUAAGAAUUAAAACUAAAAUCCUUGUAAACACUAUAUAAUUUUACCUAUCCAACUAUGAUUGGCUAUUCCUAAUACCUUCAUAAAUAUUCUGCUUUAUAAAUUAGUAGUUUGUAAUUACAGUCUUAAGCAUUUUAGUAUUGUUUUUAAGUGCUUCUCAAUAUAUCAUAAGCAUCUAUAUUUUUCGCAAUUCUGGCUUUAUAACCAAGAAUGGUAGAGCCUAAAAUAUAACCUUUGACCUAAUUUACAUAUUCAUUUUUGAGUCGAUCAUAUUUUUAAGGAUUGGAAACUUAGAAAUCAUAACAGUGAUAAAAUAUUUUUUGGUAAUUGCCAUUGUUUUAGUGAAGAUAUUGGAAUUUAUAACUAUCGAAAAAUUUAGUGAUAAAACAGUGCAGAGCUUUUAUUAGAUAUUCAUUAUUAUCACAUUUGUAUUUAUUAUUACAAAUCAGAUCCAUAUUUAUAUACAAUUCUACUGUUAUUUCCGGUAUUCUUCCAUUUUAUUUUAGUUAUUAAACUUUUUUUAUGCAGUAGAAUAAUCACACAGACUAGAAGCUGAGUAUUUUUAUUAUAAUGCGAUUCAAAAAUUCGAUCCUUAGUGCCAAAUUAAAGCAUAUUAAUAAAUAUCAAACCACAAGAAAAAAUGCAAGAAUAUUACAUGCCCUUGUUAAGCUCGCAUACGACUUGAAAAUAAAUAGGAAAUUAUUAAAUUUACUGCUCAAAUUUUGAAAUUAGAGCAAUAAUUUUGUUACUUAAAAUAUAUAUCGUUCUAGAUUCAAAAUAAUAACAAAGGAUUUAAAAACUACUUGCAGAUUAUGAAAGUCGUAAAGUAAUAGAAAGAUAUUGGGUUCUCUUUUUAUGAUAAAAUAAUGAUUCAAUCUUUAUUGGAAAUAGUUUGUGAAAAGACUAAGCAAUUAUACAAGGAAGUAAUUCCAAACAAGUUUACAGAGGUUGUUUAUUCUUUAUAGUGGUUUGAAUCUAAUUGCGAAAGGAUAAAAAAUCAAUUAUUGAUUUUAUUAAAUACUAAAUUACGACUAUGGUCAUAAUAUGUUACAGAUAAAAUUGAAUCAUAUUAAGAUAUGUAUGAAAUGCAAAUAAAAAUAACAUAUGAAAUAAACAAAAUUAGAUAAGCUUUGAGAGAGUUCUAAUACGAUAUUUAGAUAUUCUUAAAUUAAGAAAUUAAUUUAACGCGCAAUUUAUUUUAUUAAAGAGUAUCUUAAAUUUUAGAGUUAUCCUUCUAUUCAGUGAAUAAAUAUUUAUUAAUUGAAAAGAGAAUUAAAAAGAUAGUUGAAUUUGAGUAAGGCCAGGGAGACCUGUUAAAUUAUUAAAUGUUUGAAAAUCAAAAGGCAAUGCAACUUUUAGUAGUCAUUUCUAAACACUAAAGGGGGAGGAUUGAGAAAGUUUCAAACAAGUGGUUAAACAUAGAAAAAUUUGAACACCUAUCAAAUAUUAUGCCUAUGUAAUUUAUUGAGUUACACAACCAACUUCUAGAUAAUUAUUGUAGAUUUGGACCUUCGAAGUCAUAGAUCUUCUAAACGUUUAUAAAAUAUGGAGAUACACCUUUGGUUUCAAAGGUAAAAAUAUGUCUCAAUAAUUAUCCAAAAUAUGAUCAUGAGAAACUCUAUUUGAUGGGCACUCUAGUGAAAGAUAAUAUCGAAGAGGAUUAAGAUUAUAUCUUAGUUGGAUAAGACUUCUAAAUAUUAGGAUACUCAGAAUAAUUAUGGUUUAAAAUAUUCUAGCAUCUAAAGUUUUAAGAUGGCUUUUAAGAGUUAAGUAUAUUUUAGAUUCUUCCAGAGGUCAAAUCAAUACUCAAAGAACACUAUGAAAAUAUGCAAAAGUACAAUCACUCAUUUUAAAAUCAUGAAAAAAUUAUCAGUCAUUAACAAAAGGCUGUCUUAUAUCUUAAUAAGACUAUGAGCAAAUAAAUGUUCAAUUCAACGAAUCUUUAAGAGAUAUCACCUUAAGAAAGAUUAGAUAAAAUAGAAUCAUUAUCAAAUAAUUAUAUUAAUUAUGAGAAUUGUGAAUUAUAGUUGAAUAUGAUGUUCAGUCUUACAGAAAAUUUGAUAAGUUACAACACAAAAGAGAAUAAAAUCAAUUACAUAUACUAUUGGGUCACUUUCAAUUUUUAGGAGAUAAAUUCAUUACUGGAUAAAUAAUUUAAUCAACAAUUAUCGUAUGAAGUAUAAGUAUUGGAAGAGAAUAAAAUCAAAAAGAUUUAAUUUAAUUAAGUUAAGAUCAAUGAAAGUAUUACAAAAACUUCAUCCUCUAUGCAAAAAAGUAAUUCAGAGAUUUUAUCAUUUCAAUAAGUUAUUGGUAUUGUAAGAUAAUUAACUGCUUACAGAUUAUUAAUGUUACUGUCAGCAUCUUAUAUUUUGUGGACAAUUAUUGCCUUCAUUCUCCUUUAUUAAUAAAUUUGGAAGAAAGAAAUUUAAUAAACUGAAUGUUUUGAAUAACUAGAUUAUAGCACUUCAUUCCUCGAUGGAUAUGGAAGAGCCAUGAUUGCAUCUAGACAUGUUAUCUAUCUUAGAGAUUUCAAUAAGUUCCUGACUUCUUAUAACUUAUACCCUAUUGAUUCAGAAACAAUUAUUAAUGUAACAUCUGUAGAUAAAAUAUCGUUUUCAUUGUACAUCUAUAAAUAAUCAAUUGAAGAAUUAGUAGAAUUUUUUUAAAAGGAAACUGCUAAACUCAAAAUUUACGAUUAACAAAACCAAUCAGUUGAUUUGAUCAGAAUUAAUUUUUAUAAGAAUUAGACAGAAAUCUAAACUAUUCUAUCAUUGUCAUAAUAUUAUAAAAUUAUGCUUCAAACUUUAUAUAUGGCAAUUAAAAGUUUUGCUAAAGAUCCGACUCUGUAUCUGAUAGGGACCACUGACACAUGGGCAUAAGUAAACACAAGAUCUAUUUUAUACUUUAAUUUUAAAAGAGUUGCAAAUAUUACUUUAAAUUUUAUGAAACAAUGUUAAAUUGAUGAUAAGCAGAUAAACGAUCAAUUGGAUUUCAAUUUAAAUGUGUUGUUAAUAAUCAUAUAUUCAAUGAUUUUAGUGCAAAUAAUUCUCUUUAUAAUCUUAUAUUCUGCUAUUAAAAAGAAAUAACGCUUUGUUUUAUCCCUGUUUUGUAGAACGAGUUUGAAUGAAGGAAUAGAAGAGAUUGCAUUUAUACAGAAGUUAUUAAAUAUUGUAAAGAAUUCAAAACUUUGGUUUGGUCUUUAUGAAUACGAUGACGAAGAGGAAAAUAAGAUAACCAGAUCAUACAGUGGUAAGGCUAUGAAGUCUCACAUCUCUCAUCAUUUAUCAUCUCGAGUACUUUUGAAGUUGAUAAUACCUUUAGUUAUCAUAUCAUAUGGAUCCUUCUUGACUUUACAUAUGAAUUAUAUUGAUUAUUCAAUCAAUUUGUCUCCUAUUGUAACUGCUGCUCUUAAAACAUAAUACAUUCGUUUAUUAUUUUUGGAUACAAUCAACAAUUGGGAUGUUUAUGUUAAUUAGAAAUUCUAUGAAUCGAUGAUUGCAAUUCAACCAACUGCUACUGGCCGAUACAAGAUUACGAGUUAAAACAUAAAUCACGGAUACCAACUCUUGAGGUUAACAAAUGUGGAUGUGGAUGCUCUUAAAGCUAAUCUCUUAGAAUUACAGAGUGAACCAUUCUCUAAUAUGAUUUAUUCGCAAACUUUAUCUGUAGAUUCAGAUAGUUUGUUGGGUCAGGAUAUUUGUUUGAUGGAAAUGUUUAAUUGCAAUAUGAAUUAAACAGUGUAUAAAGAGAGAGUUCAUUAUUAGCAGAUGUAUGCGAUUUAUGAAGUUGGCAUUAUCAAUUUAUUCAAGUAAUCUAUUUCAGUGAUGAAUUAAAAUGAUUUUUUUAGUUUGGACGAGAAUUAUGAUAUUAUCAAUGCAUUUGAAAGAUUAGAGAAAUCUUAGGAAUACUUUUUUUAUUUUCUUUGGGGAUUUGAUGCAUUCUUAUACUAGAUGAGAUUGUUUUCAGAAUUCUUUAUUGAUCUCUCCAAAACACAACUACAAGAUUUAUCAUUUAACAUCUACAUUAUAUUCUAUUUAUUUUCCAUAGUAACCACAUUAUCUUUGGCGAUGAUUUUAUUGUUUGGAAACAUUGCUAUCCAAUAAGAAUUUAUACAUACUUUAGAAAUGCUCUAUCAAAUUCCAAAACAAACAAUAAUUAACAAAUAGUUAGGUCGACAAAUAAAACUUUUAUGAUUCAUGUAUUAUUAAAUCAACUUAAAACAGGAC